UUCAAUUUCCCACGUCACCAACUCUCAAAGCUACCACCACUCACCACUACUUAACAAUUCAGCAAACACCAAAACCAACCCUUGCUCCGCCGUAUAUCCACCGUCCACCUUCACCGGCUCACUCUCCCUUAUCCAACGGCCCGGAGACGACGCAGAUCACAGCGGGUCCCGCCAUUUCCACCUUUGCUUGUUCAUGAUAUCAAUUUCAAUAAAUCCCCAAGCAAAAGAUGACAAAUCUGGAAAUAAAAACAGAGGAACCUGGUCAAUCAAACAGUCAAACCCCUCUUCUCACACCAAAUUCCAAUCACGAUAAUCACACCAACAAUCACGAUAACAAGAAUCACGAAGAAUGUGAUUGCUCUGAAGUGGAUCACAGCCUGGUGCGAUUGGAGAAAUUUCUCAAUGCUCUGGGCUUCGACCAGGGCUCCGUGUUGGCUUCCGUGAUCUGGUGGACCGUUUUCCUGGCGGUUGGUGUGGCGGUUCCGCUGGUGGCUCUGUGGUUAUGUGACUGCUCCGAGUGCGAGAUGUACGAGCUCCGCGGCUGUGAGAUGGUGAUUGUGACGUUUCAGGCCACGCUCGCCGCCGCCUCCUUGCUCUGCCUUUCACAUAACCUCCGCAAGUAUGGUAUCCGCAGGUUCCUAUUCGUUGACCGCUACACUGGACACGACUCUUCCUUUCACCGUGAUUACGUCAAACAGAUUUCGGGAUCACUGCGGUUGCUCAUUCUGUGGAUGUUUCCGUGUUUCAUUCUGAAGACGGCACGAGAAAUCAUUCGCAUUUCAUAUGUACAGCAUGGGUCAUGGUGGCUCUCACUUGGUAUAUUUUCAGCUCUGAUUAUAUCUUGGACUUAUGUGAGUGCAAUCUCUCUGUCCGCCUGCGUUUUGUUUCACAUGGUCUGCAAUUUGCAAGUCAUCCACUUUGUUGAUUAUGGAAAGCUAUUGGAAAGGGAAGGUGAUGUGUUGGUUUUAUUGGAGGAGCACAUUCGGUUGCGUUAUCAUCUUUCCAAGAUAAGUCAUAGGUUCAGGAUCUAUCUUCUUCUGUCGUUCUUGGUUGUCACUGUCAGCCAAGUGGUGACUUUGUUACAGGUCACCGGAUAUCGUAACAUGAUUACCAUAGUAAAUGGUGGAGAUUUCGCUGUAUCCACACUUGUUCAGGUGGUUGGUAUCGUUAUUUGUCUGCACGCAGCAACAAGAAUUUCUCAUAGAGCUCAAGGUGUUGUUUCACUUGCAAGCAGGUGGCAUGCAAUGGUCACAUGCACAUCUUCUGACUCGUCUCAUUCAAGAAGCUCUGCUAGUAUGGGGAAUCUCUUGGAGGCUUCAAACAAUUUAAACUCAAUACAUAUAGACUAUUCUGAAAGUGAUUUAGAGUCAUUGGAUUACCCCGGAAUGUCUAUUAGUAAUACCCAAUUGGUUUCCCAGAUGUCCUCUAAUCACAAGAGACAAUCUUUUGUAAUGUAUUUGCAGACAAAUCCUGGAGGAAUCACCAUAUUUGGAUGGACAGUUGAUCGGUCUCUUGUCAACACAAUAUUCUUCCUUGAAUUAAGUCUGGUUACCUUUGUUCUAGGUCAGACGCUCAUCUCAUGAUCAAAUUAUACCAAAAAACCCUUUAGUUUUGGGUCUUCUGGAUUACCAUUAUCAUUUUGGGUGAAAACCCUCCACCAUAGCCAUAAUUCUUUGUAGGUUACUAAAUUUACUAGCCAUGCCAGCAUUUUUGUUACAUCUUGUCAGCCACAUGGACCUUAAGAUUUGUGGGAUUGCUGCUAAACGCCCUUAGCUCCUUUGCGGGCAACACAUAUAUCUCCCAAACUCCGUCGACUUUCAUUCCUCUCACGUUGUACUCAUCAGUUUUCUUCUAUCUACCUGGGUUCCAAUUUUUCAAAGCAGACACGCCAAAAUUGCUCUGAAAUAGAAAGACCAGAGCUGGACUGGGCGAGCCCCUAGAGGGGCAACGCCCAGGGUUCACACCGCCCCGUGGCGGGUCCCCAAGCCAGUAGGGUUGGGCCUCGUUCAGCCAGGCCCACACGGCCCAUUAAGGACACUAGCAUAUGGGGGUCCAACACUACCUCUAUAAAUAGGUAGCAGAUACCAAUUGUAAAGGACCUUGGCUCAUUUUAUGAAUACACACAUGAAAUUCAAUUA